AUGCCGGAAAUUGAAGGGUUGGCUAGCGAAGAACAUUCAUCUUUUCUCACAGGAAAUCCAAACAUUGAUGAUGAAUCUGCCAUGAGUCUGUGGCACUUGAACUUAAAGCUCCUCCUAGUUACUCUUGGCGAAAAGGGCAGCAGAUACUACAUGAAGAAUUUCCGGGGAUCUGUGGAAGCUUUUCAUGUAACUGCUGUAGAUACUACUGGGCCUGGUGAUUCAUUUGUGGGUGCUUUGCUUGCAAAGAUUGUUGAUGACCAAUCUGUUCUUGAUGAUGAGCCAAGGUUGAGGGAAGUACUCAAAUUCGCAAAUGCAUGCGGAGCAAUAACAACUACUAAGAAGGGAGCUAUUCCUGCACUCCCUAAUGAGUCUUAA